CCGAAAGGGAAAAUAAAAUAAAAUUGUUGAGCAAGCACACAGGUGUGUCCAUCAUCAUCUACGCGGUAUUUUUUUUUUGGGUAUUAUAAUUGAUUACUGUCGUCGGCUCGCCGGGAAUAUUUGUGGUUGUGGAUAUCAGAAGACGGUGGCUGAUGGACCGUUGGCAUUGCCAAUUUGCCAUCUAUGAUCGUCAUGAUUGACGAUAACUUCUUCUUAUUGUUUUUCUUUCUUUAUUAUUUUUGUUUGAGUUGGCUUGGAUCAAAUAACAAUUGUUGAUUCUUCUGUCGGCCUGUUUGGUUUUUGCCAAUUUUAGUCUCCAAUUCAAUUUUUCUCCCCAUCUUCUUCCUCGUCGUCGUCUUUCUCCUUCCUCCGCUCACAUAGAAUUCAAACCCUACAACAGAAAAAUUCCAGCCCCUCUACUUUCUUCCGUGAUUACCAUCGCCAUCACCACCGUUGCCCGCCGCCGAUUGUAGCCCUCGGAUUCGUGAAAUCGGGUCAUUUUAGGGAAUCGCAAUCUAAUCAACCCCAAACAACCCGCCUACCUGUCCUCCCUUGUCACGGAUUCAAUUCACUGCCGUGUCUCCCUGUUUCUCUUACCCACCAAUAAAGAUCUCGAUUGGGACCUCCUCCUUCUUUUCUCUUGUGUGUUAUCUCCCGGUAAAGUUUCUCUCUUUCUCCCUCCCUUGUUUCCUCUUCCUUACUAUGAACUUGUACCAUUAUUACUCUUCCAAUUCCGGAUGAAUCCCUUCUCACUUCUCUCUGCCCACCGGUUCACUUAACUGUUUUUGGUUGAUGUACUUGAACCAUUCACGUUUCCAGCUGUGGUUUUGUUAGCUUUAGUUCAUGAUCAAAUUCAGAAAUUAAGCAUCUUCUUAGGACUUAGAUGGUUCCUGGUUGCCCAUCUCGAGGUUUUUGACUUGUAUUUACUUAUUUUCUUCAAUUCAUUCAGCUGUAACAGUGUUGAGUUAAGCGGAAUUAGAAGGAGGAGGAGGAGGAGGGGUUUCUGAAGGUGUAUAAGUGGGUGGCAGCUGCAACCAGACCUUAUGCGUGGCUUUGGUUUCUGGGUUGCUGAUUGAUUGGUAGUUCUUUGGUUCAAGUUGGUGAAAACUUGUUGCAGUGGAUGUCUUGUUAACAGAUGAGUAUAGCAUGAUGAAUGUGGGAGUGAGAUUUUGUAGAUGGAUUCCCCUGAUAAGUCAUUUGCUGACAUAGUUGGGCUGUUCAAAUCCUUUGUCCCUUGGCGGACUGAGCCGCCAACCGUGUCAAGGGACUUUUGGAUGCCCGAUCAGAGCUGCAGGGUUUGCUAUGAGUGUGAUUCUCAGUUCACAUUAAUCAACCGCAGACACCAUUGCAGGCUUUGUGGCCGAGUUUUCUGUGCCAAGUGUACUUCUAACUCAAUCCCCUUGCCAUCAUCCCGUGGUUCAAGAACUACUAUUACAAGAGAAGAGUGGGAGAAGAUACGAGUGUGCAAUUAUUGUUUCAAGCAAUGGCAACAAAAUCCCACUCUUGAUUAUGGAUCACAUGUUCCAAGCCAGGCACCCAGCAGUUCAAUGUCGGCUGCCAGUUUGUCUAGAUCAAACUCAAGUGGUACAGCUAACAGUAGUAGUUAUACUCCUGGUUCUGUGCCAUAUUCUAUUGGACCUUUUCAACAAGGUCAAGGAAGCAUGGAUGCAGAUCCAUGUCAGGCAUCUCAAACGGUGACCAAGUUCGAUGAUAAGCAAGUGGAGGAAGAAAUAUUAGGAAAGAGUGAUGACCAUGUUACAGAAGAAGCGUAUGAACAUUCAAAUGGAUACUUUUACAUGAACAGGAGUGACGAUGAUGACGAUGAGUACAGUAUUUAUCGAUCUGAUUCUGAAUCUCAGAACUUUCCUCAAGCCAAUGGCUACUACCAUCAGGCUCAGUUUGAUGAUCCGAGCAAUGAUGAUGAAUUGCAGAAAGCUCAUCUUGACGGAGAAACUAUUGAAUCAAAAAGUUUAAGUACCUCUCCUUUAAAUAAUAGUUUUUUGUCCCAUGAUCUAGAAGGAAUUCACAGGCUUGGGGAAAGGGAUGAGCAUUAUAUUGAUUAUGAUGGUGAAGCUUCUUCUACAAUGUAUCCUGGGGAAGAUGAUAGUGCAGAACCUGUGGAUUUUGAGAACAAUGGACUACUUUGGCUGCCUCCUGAGCCAGAAGAUGAAGAGGAUGAAAGAGAAGCUGAGUUUUUUGAUGAUGAUGAUGAUGAUGUUGACGUGGCAGGAGAAUGGGGAAGGUUACGUCCCUCAGCCAGUUUUGGAAGUGGAGAGUUCAGCAAUAGAGAUAGGUCAAGUGAGGAUCAGAAGAUGGCCAUGAAGAAUGUUGUUGAUGGCCACUUUAGAGCUUUAAUUGCUCAGCUAUUACAAGUGGAAAAUGUUCCGCUGGGCGAUGAAGGUGACAAAGAGAGUUGGUUAGAGAUCAUUACCUCAUUAUCAUGGGAGGCUGCUACCCUUCUAAAGCCAGAUACAAGCACAGGUGGAGGAAUGGACCCUGGUGGAUAUGUGAAAGUGAAGUGCCUCGCUUCUGGUCGACGCAGUGAGAGCGUUAUGGUCAAGGGGGUCGUUUGUAAGAAAAAUGUUGCUCAUCGGCGAAUGACUUCGAAAAUUGAGAAACCUCGACUAUUGAUCCUUGGAGGGGCCCUUGAGUACCAGCGGGUUUCUAACCACUUGUCAAGUUUUGAUACUCUAUUGCAGCAGGAAAUGGAUCAUCUGAAGAUGGCAGUGGCAAAGAUAGAUGCACAUAAUCCUGAUGUUCUUCUGGUAGAGAAAUCAGUUUCACGAUUUGCACAGGAGUACCUUCUUGCUAAAGAUAUAUCCCUUGUACUUAACAUUAAGAGGCCACUUUUAGAGCGCAUAGCGCGGUGCGCAGGUGCACAAAUAGUUCCUUCAAUCGAUCAUCUCUCAUCUCCGAAGUUGGGAUACUGUGAGAUCUUUCAUGUGCAAAGAUUUUUGGAAGAACUAGGUACAGCUGGGCAAAGUGGCAAAAAGUUGGUGAAGACACUGAUGUACUUUGAAGGCUGCCCAAAGCCAUUGGGUUUUACAAUUUUACUUAGAGGUGCCAAUGGAGAUGAGUUGAAGAAAGUGAAACAUGUGGUCCAGUAUGGAGUUUUUGCGGCAUAUCACUUAGCUUUGGAGACUUCUUUUCUUGCUGAUGAAGGAGCUUCUCCAGAACUUCCAUUUAAUUCUUCAAUAACUGUUGCACUUCCAGAUAAACUAUCAAGUAUUGAGAGAUCUAUCUCAACUGUGCCAGGUUUCAGUAUUCCUGUCAGUGAUAAAUCUCAGGGACCUCAGCAUACCAGUGAAUCACAAAGAUCAAUUAUUGUCCCUAGUGAGAGUCUAUCCGCUAUAGUGGGUGGUCGUGGUUCUGUUGAGAGUGGUGAAAUGAAAACCCUAACUGAUAGCGCUGUUCCUCUAUCUGUUGAACCUACUUUGCCUAGCUUCGGUGCUGCAGCAUUUCUACCCUCACUGCAAUCUACAAUCAAAGUCGUUGCUGAUUCAUACUGCACAUUUGAUGAGAAAAACAGACUUGGUUUGGAAGGUGCUCCAGUGACUGAGAUUUCCAUGGUUAGUGAUGGCCUGUUUUCUCUGAAUGAGCAUUUUGCUGGUAAUACGUCUGUACCUGUGGAAGGGAUCACAGUGGGUGGCGAAUCUAAUCUUGGCAAGGCAAUUGUUCCUCCACCAGUAAGCUCAGAGGUUUCAUCAGGCCUAAAAGACGGUAACAGCAAUGUGGAGGAUCGAGGACCUUUAAAAGAGGACUUUCCUCCAUCACCUUCAGACCAUCAAAGCAUUCUGGUUUCCUUGUCUUCCCGCUGUGUAUGGAAAGGAACUGUUUGUGAGCGGUCCCAUCUAUUUCGGAUCAAAUACUAUGGUAGCUUUGACAAACCUUUAGGUCGGUUUUUGCGAGACCAUUUAUUUGAUCAGAGUUAUACAUGCCGUAUCUGUGAGAUGCCAUCAGAAGCACAUGUUCAUUGUUAUACUCAUCGACAGGGCACCCUUACAAUAUCUGUCAAGAAGCUACCUGAAUUCCUCUUACCAGGUGAAAGGGAUGGGAAAAUCUGGAUGUGGCAUAGAUGCCUAAAGUGUCCAAGGACUAAUGGUUUUCCUCCAGCCACUCGAAGAGUCAUAAUGUCUGAUGCUGCUUGGGGACUGUCUUUUGGUAAAUUUUUGGAGCUUAGUUUCUCAAAUCAUGCAGCUGCAAGUAGAGUGGCAAGCUGUGGUCAUUCACUUCACAGGGAUUGUCUUCGUUUCUACGGGUUUGGGAAAAUGGUUGCUUGUUUUCGCUAUGCUUCAAUUAAUGUCCUCUCAGUGUACCUUCCACCUUCAAAACUUGAUUUCAGCCUUGGACACCAGGAGUGGAUACAGAAAGAGGCAGCAGAGGUUGUGGACAGGGCUGAGCUUCUGUUUUCUGAGAUACUCACUGCCCUUCGUCGAAUCGCUGAGAAACGACAUGCUGCGGCACUGCAUAAUGGUAGCACAAAGCCUACCGAAUCAAGACGGCAAAUAGCUGAACUUGAAGCCCUGUUACAAAAGGAGAAGGCAGAAUUUCAGGAUUCACUACAAAAAGUUGUGCACAAAGAAGCCAAAAAGGGUCAGCCUGCAAUUGAUAUCCUUGAGAUAAAUCGCUUGAGGAGGCAAUUACUUUUCCAGUCAUACAUGUGGGAUCACCGACUGAUCUAUGCUUCCAAUUUGAAUGAUAACAGCUGCGAAGAUGUGCUCAAUGUUUCUCCUUCAGGAAAAGGGGGGAAAUCUCCCGGUAGCACUGGUAUGAACUCAGUGGACCUCUCUUCUCUACGAACAAACAUAUCUGACCAUCAUCAACAGGGUCCCUUAGAUAGUGUGUCCAAUCAGUCUAGCCCAGUUGACAAAGUAAAAGAAGAUCCUGAUGUAGAAUCUAAUACUGAUAAAGAGGACAGUGCUAAACUUGCUAGUACCGUGUCAAUGUGUGAUCAGUAUGAAGGCCUUGAAUCUGGUGGAGUUGUUAGAAGAACCCUUUCUGAGGGUCAGGUCCCCAUUUUGGCCAAUUUAUCUGAGACUCUUGAUGCUGCUUGGACAGGGGAGAAUCACUUGGGGGUAGGCAUACUAAAAGAUAAUGGCCUUGAGUCACUCUUGAGCGAUUCCUCUACUCCAGUUUCAGGCGCAUUGGAUGUUGACAAUCAUGUGGACAACAAUGGGACCAAGGGGCCUGAUGAUGCAGAAGAAUCUGUUAGCUGGUUAAGAAUGCCCUUCUUGAACUUCUAUCGAUCUCUCAACAAAAAUUUCCUUGCCAGCUCUGAGAAGCUUGACACCCUGAAUGAGUACAAUCCGGUGUAUGUUUCAUCCUUCAGGCAGCUGGAAUUAAAAGGUGGGGCCCGGCUUCUUCUCCCUGUGGGCGUUAAUGACACUGUCAUCCCUGUCUAUGAUGAUGAACCCACGAGUAUCAUAUCUUAUGCCCUUGUGUCACCUGAAUAUCAUGGACAAGUAACCGAUGAACUCGAACGGAUGAACUACAGUGGUGAUUAUGGUUCAUCAUCAUUAAAUUUCUCUGACUCCAUGGCUUCUCAGUCGUUCCACUUUGCGGAGGAUAUGAGCUUUGAUUCUCACAAAAGUCUUGGGUCUAUUGAGGAUACCACCACCUUAUCCACGUCUGCAUCUCGAAGCUCUUUGAUUCUGGACCCACUUUCAUACUCAAAGGCAUUGCAUGCUAGAGUUUCUUUCGGAGAUGAUGGUCCAAUUGGGAAGGCCAAAUAUUCCGUCACUUGUUACUUUGCACAGCGGUUUGCAGCACUAAGGAGGAUGUGUUGCCCGAAUGAACUCGAUUUUGUGAGGUCUCUCAGCCGGUGUAAGAAGUGGGGUGCUCAAGGUGGUAAAAGCAAUGUCUUCUUUGCGAAGACUUUGGAUGACAGGUUCAUCAUCAAACAAGUAACAAAGACAGAACUGGAGUCGUUCAUAAAAUUCGCGCCUGAAUACUUCAAGUACCUGUCUGAAUCAAUUAGCUCGCGCAGUCCAACUUGCUUAGCAAAGAUACUUGGAAUAUAUCAGGUUGCAUCGAAGCAUCUGAAAAGCGGGAAGGAAUCCAAAAUGGAUGUUCUGGUAAUGGAGAAUCUUCUGUUCAGAAGAAACGUGACACGCCUUUAUGAUCUGAAGGGCUCUUCAAGAUCAAGGUACAACCCAGAUUCCACCGGGAAUAACAAAGUUCUGCUUGAUCAGAACUUGAUUGAAGCCAUGCCAACUUCUCCCAUCUUUGUGGGCAACAAGGCGAAGCGGUUGCUUGAAAGAGCAGUGUGGAACGAUACUUCUUUUCUUGCAUCAAUCGAUGUGAUGGAUUACUCUUUGUUGGUUGGGUUGGAUGAAGAGAAGCACGAGCUAGUUCUUGGGAUCAUUGACUUCAUGAGGCAGUAUACAUGGGAUAAACACCUGGAGACUUGGGUGAAGGCAUCAGGAAUACUAGGUGGUCCAAAGAACUCAACUCCUACUGUUAUAUCCCCAAAGCAAUACAAGAAGAGGUUCAGGAAAGCAAUGACUACCUAUUUCUUGAUGGUCCCAGAUCAAUGGUCUCCUCCCUCAGUUCUCCCAACUAAAUCUCUAUCUGAUGUGGGUGAAGAGAACACUCAAGGGGCUACAUCAGUGGAGUAAAAUGUUGGAGCAGCAAGCUAAAUAUAAGGCAGUGUACUCUCUUUUCCUUCCAUUGUACAUUUUUUUCCUAUUACUGUGGGCUGUUCAAUCAUUUGGUCUUUCAUCUUUUUUACUUCCUUUUUGUUGGGGAGGAAAUUCCAUUUUUUUUUUGCCGUGGAAAUGGGAAAGUGUUACAGUUGUAGUUUUGGGUUGAAAGUGGAAGGUCACGAAAGAGUGUUUAUUAGGGUGGGAGAGUAGUGGAAGGGUAAUAAUAUGGCUAGAGGAAUGUCAAAGAGGUAUAAUAUUGGGUUACCUCUCUCCAUGCAUGGGACAUCAUCAUCUUCGUGUCUGUACAAAAAUAUUUUUUUCUUGUGUUUAUAGCAUCAAUGAAAGCAGCGAAUAUUGAUCAUGUAAAUCUUGUCCAAUUGAAUCUCAUUUCUAUUUGUUGAUGCACAUUUGGAAUAUAAAUGCGCUUUUUCCUC